AUGUCUGGAUUUUUUAAUUCAUACCGAAUGUUUGCUUGGUCGGUUGGUAGGCGGUGGUUGUCAUCAGAAAGUUUCGAGAAGAGUUUACUUGAAACAGAAAGAAUUCGAACUGUUAGUCCACAGUCGGUUCAUUGGUUUCCAGGACAUAUGCAUAAAGUCCACGAUGCAAGAAUACCUUUCUCGGGUAGACCAGAGUUUUUUCAAAAGUUUGAAAUGACAAGGCCUACUAUUUUGCUUCUGAAUAAAGCUGAUCUGGCGGAAAAAGUUACUGAUCGAGAGGCAUACAAGGCUCGAAUCCUAGAGGCAUCAAAGAUUGUCAACCGAAGUCCAAUUGAAGUGUACUAUACUCAACUAAAUGCGCCAGAAAAACAAAAACGAACUCUGAAAAGAAUAAUGUCUAGUCUACCUCAUUUGGCUGCCAGUGCAGGAAAUAUUGUUAAUUCUACUAUAACUCUAAUGGUUGUGGGUAUACCGAAUAGUGGAAAAAGUACAUUGAUUAAUGCUUUACGCGGAAUUGGACGUGGAGGUCCUGGGGGUGCAACAAGAGUUGGUCGUAAUGCAGGUCAAACUCGUUCUGUUGGCCAACCAAUUAUCUUGUGCAGGGGAAAACUAAACAAUAUGCUGGAUGAAACGGACUAUCAAAUGAACAGCUCUGAUGAUUACAGAAUUCAAGUUUUUGAUACCCCUGGUAUUUUGGAACCUCGUGCUCAAACUUUAGCUGAACGAUUAAGUCUUUGUGUUUGUGGAGCUGUUAAUCUACAUUCCGUUCAGCAAGAAAUACUAGUUGACUAUCUAUUAUUCUGGUGGAAUUAUCGUCAACGAACAGAGUAUAUUACUCGUCUCGAUCUCUCUGGUCCAAUAACAGAUGUCAAUGAAUUGUUAAUCCAUGCAUGCAUGAAGAAUAAUUUUUUUCUGAUUACUCAAAAUCCACGUUGGCAAGCUCGUGAAAUUGAGCAUAUCGAUGAACUGUCUUCAAAUAAUAGUACUAGUCGAGAGAUAAAGAUACCGGAUAUACGACGUGCUGCUUCAUAUAUUCUUGAUCUAUUCAAUAAAGGACAUUUUGGUCGAACUACUUUUCUACCUGAAGAUGAAUUGGCAGCUAGUAAAUUUUUUCAUCUUGCACGCAGACAUUGA